AUGGGGCGUCUAGCUGAAAGAGGGUAUGGCAGAUUAGUCCCCGAAACGACCUCUAACGCGUCUGUUCUGUCUAGAAAGCCACAGACUCACAUAGGUCAAAGAAACAAUCUCGUUAGUCCUUUGCAAGUUCGCAAGGCCAACAUCCUCCGUCUUUUCUCUAAUAAAAAAAAGAAAGAACUAUGUCCAAAGCUGGUUCAGGAUCUGCUACUUCAUCUUACGACUAUUAUUGGGCAUAGCUCAACACAUUAUCCGCUAAGAAAGGCUGACCUCAUCGCGGUUGAAAGUAAAGCACGGAAAGUCGCAAACAAAGUAGUCUAUCUCGCCAGUCAAUCCAGCCCAGGAACAACAACAGCCUUAAGCACUGCUUUUGGAGCUUGCUUCGAGCAAGAAGAACGUCGGGAAAUGAGUCAGCUGCGGGAGCAUCAAGAGCACGCUUUGUUCAAUCUGAUUACCUCACAACUACUUCCAUACUUUGUUUAUCCCUAUUGGCCCGCUCUGGCUAACCCAAAACUCGCUCAUAAUAGCGGAAAGAGGGAACUAGUAGCUGGGUUGAAGCGCUUAGGCUACUUCAGCUAUAUGCUUAACACAUGCAAAUCUAAUGAAGUGCUCCUAGACGACUCUUUCUUUGAGAUUCCGAAUUCUACGAAAUCUAGGAGGGAACGGAACUCGUUAUCAAUCGCAAGAACUUUCUUGCGCAACGCCCUCCGUUUAGAGCCCACAAGCCAUCGAGCCUGGCUGGAUCUUGGACUUGUCCUGAAAUCUAAAGGAUCACUCACUGCUCGAGGCUGCGGACUGCUUCCAGGCAGCAUACGAGCUCCGAGAAUUGUCACCAAUUCAGGACUUCUCCGAGCAGCUUCCCAUCAUGUUGCAUUAGAAACCCAUAUCUGCUACUUAAACUGGAGGCCCUACUUCUCACUCGUCUGCAUGCGACCUUCUCUGUUCGCAUAUCCGCUCCGGCUGGUUGUUAUUACUUCUGGGCAACUUCCCUUCCCCGUAUGGUCGACUAUUUCAUUCCUCUUGAAAAAGAAUAAGGGACAGCUGACGAAACCUUCCUGUUUCCUUUCACUCGAGAAUCGUUCAUUGGCCGUAGCAGCGCUCAUAUUCGUUUCGCCUACGAAUUUCCUUGGAUCAACCCGCCCGAGCUUCCUACCUACUAAUGUAUUUGAUUCCAACAACCCCACAUCCUUGCUUGUUUUGUCAUCACUGUCCACUAAUGCAUUGGUUGACUCUUCGAUGGACUUUACCAUGCAUAGAGAAGUGAGGAACAUCGUCAUUGAUGAUAUUAUGAAAGCGUUGACGAAGAAUAGCGUUGGCAAAGGAGGAGUCCUGGAAUGCCACCCUUAUAACUACUCAAUCAAUGCCAAUCUCAAUAUCCGGACUAGGACUCGAUGCGGAACAUGCAUUCUUUUCCCGGUUGCAGUGUACAUCGUUGUAGUGAAAAGAGGGAAGAAGUGUUGUGUUGUAGGCUAG